AUGCCUCCGCUGAACAACUGCAAUGGUAAUAAUUGUGGGGACAUUAUUUGCUCCCUGUCCACGCAAACAUCCCUUUCGCCGUCGGACCUAUCCCAGCCAGGGAUUGGGGCAGUGGCGGGCACUGGAGGUAGUAGUGGAAAACCACGGUUCAGUUGUCCACAUUACGCGCAGAAGAUGCUGCUUAAUCUUAACGCCCUUCGGCUUGACUCACGAUUCUGUGAUGUAGAGAUCAAAGUUGGCGAUGCUACAUCCGUCCACGCCCAUCGGGCCGUACUGAGCGCAAGUUCCGCAUACUUUGAGGCCAUGUUCCGGCCAGAGCUGGGACUGAGCGAGGGCAAACAGAAGACGGUCACAUUGCACUCGAUACGGGCGGACAUCCUGGAGCUGCUGGUCGAUUUUAUUUACACUGGACAAAUCGAAAUCGAGCAGAGCAAUGUACAGGAACUGUUAGCCGCAGCGGAUAUGCUACAGGUCCCGGAAGUAGUUGACGGAUGCUGCGAAUACCUUUGCCGAGAACUGCAUUCGUCGAACGCACUGGGUAUACUGCGGUUCGCCGAGGCACACAACUGCCGUCAGCUUGCUGACGUGGCGGCCAACUUUGUCCACAGCAACUUCCCGAAGGUGGCGCUCGAGGACGAACUGCUUGACAUUCCACACACACUGCUCGUGAAGGUGAUCGCAUCCGAGGCGCUGCGUGUCGACAGCGAGUAUCAGGUGUUCAAUGCUGCCCUGCGUUGGAUACGGCACGAUGUGGUACUACGGCGCCAGUACGUGUUCGAGAUCCUUUCGCACGUACGCAUCGCACUGGUACCGGUCGGGCUGAUCGAUCAGGCUAUUGCCGAGUGCCGUGAUGUGUCGCUCAAAAUUGCGCUACGUUCGGUGCGAAAAGAUCUAACGUCUCGCCGCGGUCAAUUGGUACCGUUACGCGUAUGUCCACGAGUUUGUGCGAAAAAAAGCAUCUACGUAAUUGGGGGUUCACGGCGUGAACAGUCGGCUGGUUGGACGCCAACGGAUUGGAUCUUCGAGUCAGUUAUCAAAUAUGACAUCUUUAGACGCGAAUGGAUCGAGUCUGCCCCGAUGGAGAUUGGACGCAUACUGCCGGGGGUGGCAGCACUUGGUGGAAAGAUUUACGUUAUUGGAGGUGAACGCGGCAGCCAGAUACUGGCAAAUGGAGAGGUGUAUGAUACACAGAAUAACAAUUGGGAACCAAUGGCACCGAUGAAUGUGCCGCGUUGCGAGUUCGGGUUGUGUACACUCGGUGGCACGCUGUACGCGAUGGGUGGCUGGAUUGGAGAAGACAUUGGAGGUUCGAUUGAAUGUUACGAUCCUAUGAAAAACGCAUGGCGUAUGGUGGGUGAUCUUCCGGAACCGAAGUUUAGUAUGGGCGUCGUAAGCUUUGAAGGAUUAAUAUACAUCGUCGGUGGCUGUAAUACUCAUUCGCGGUAUCUAACUGAUUUGAUAAGUUACAAUCCCGUGACAAACGAAUGGACUAAACUCGCUCGAAUGCAAACAGCUCGCUGCCAGAUGGGGGUAGCCAUCUUGGAUCGGCAUAUGUACGUGGUUGGUGGCAACAGCAGCCAGCAGGAAGUUUUGCGCACUGUCGAACGGUACAGUUUCGAUGAGGACAAAUGGUCCAUGGUGUCACCGAUGACAGUAAGACGAUCGAGCCCGGCUGUAGCAGCUGCCGACGGAUUACUAUACGUGGCUGGUGGUGAUCAACCUUGCGAAAUUAAUUUCUACCGGGCACAAAUUACAAUUGCAUCGUUCGAGUGCUACGAUCCCAUCACAGACCAGUGGAAGGUAUGUCCCGAUCUACCCACCAGUCGUUCCGAGGCGGGUGCAGUUGUUGUCUAG